AUGGGCUGGCUCUGGGCUUCCCCGUCUCCCCCCAAGUCUCCCGCCCCGGGACAAGCUCCCCAAGCUCCCGCGUCGACCCCGCCAUCCUCGAGCACCCAGUCGACUGAUUCCGACAUGGACCCCGAGAUCCAGAAGUUCAUUGCCAUGUUCCAGUCAGACGGCAAGCAAGAAGAGCCCGCAGCCCCCGAACCGGCGCAAACAUCAUCGACAACAUCCAAACCGACCACCUCCUCUUCCUCGUCUUCGUGGUUCUCUCUCAAGUCUUCCCCCGACUCCCCAUCUCAGACCAGCAACCGCACAAUUGUGCCACCCGGCGACCCCGUCUCCGAGUCCCUCCUCCCGACAGAGAUGUCGUGCCGCCAGGCCUUCGACAUGGCCUUCCACUGCCAAUCCGUCGGCGGCCAGUGGAACCACAUCUACCGGUACGGCACGAUGCGGUCGUGUAGCGAGCAUUGGGAGGACUUCUGGUUCUGUAUGAGGAUCAAGGGAUAUACGGGGAAAAUGAAGGAAGAGGCGAUCAAGGCGCACUACCGACAGAAGGAGCACGACAAGUACGCGGACGGAAAGCCGAACAGCGAGGACGUGUGGCAGGCGAGGAAGACCAAGGUGCCGCCGGGCACGGUCUUCACAGAGAAGUUUGAGGAGCCGACACUCGACGACGAGGAGUGGCAGAGGAUGGAGAUGGACAGGCGACGUCAAAUUAGAACGGGCUUGGGCAUUGAAGGAGCAUCGGCGUGA